AGAUGUCAUUCAUGAACCUGCUUCAUAUUCUCUUUGGUCUUAUUCCAAUUGACAUAGACUUACGCAUUUCCCUUGUGGUGUUGCUCAUCUUUUGUUUCUCUGUUCUUUAGCAUCUUUGAUUGGUGACACAUUGCCUAAUCGCAUGAUGAGAGCUGUGGUGAUCGAACAAUUUGGAGAUGCGGAUUCGCUGCGAGUAAAUCCCAAUACUCCUGUACCUCAAGUAGGUGAAAACGAGGUGCUGAUACGGAUGAAAGCUGCAGGAAUCAAUGAGUUGGAUCUUCGAAUUCGUGCUACUGGAUGGCGUACUUAUAAACCACCAUUCACUCUUGGUUUAGACGGCUCAGGGAUCAUUCACAGUGUCGGGCAGGGAGUCACUACUCUACAGCCUGGGGAUCGAGUCUAUGUCUUCCAGCCUAUUACAGGAACCUACGCAGAAUUUUGUUUAGCGGCUGAGGAUAGAGUCUACAAACUUCCAAACAACUUGUCUUAUGAGGAGGGCGCUGUAUUACCCAACCCAUAUUUCUGUGCAAUCAGAUGUUUGAAAAGGGCGGGAUUUAAGAGAGGUGAAACGGUUCUUGUCAAUGGUGCAAGUGGAGGGUUUGGGCUGGGAGCAAUUCAGCUAGCUCGUGCUUUAGGUGCGUCGAAAGUGGUAGGCACGGCUGGGACAGAGAAGGGACAAGAAUUGGUGGAGCAGAUGGGAGCUGAAAAAGUCUUAAAUUACAAAAGUCCAGAUUUUAAGAGAGAUCUUAGGGAUGUCUUUGGACCUAAAGGUGUGGACAUCAUAAUUGAAACGAAUGUUGAUGUCAACUUCGAAAUGGAUAUGAACCUCGCUGCUCGUUUGGGGCGUAUUAUGGUACUUGGCAAGCGUGGUAAGGCGGUCUGCACUCCUCAGAAUCUAGUGUUCAAGGAAACUACUGUCAUGGGAUGUGCUCUUUUCUUCUGUGACUCGAGUGAGAGAUUGAAAAUGAGCGAGAUUGUCGAUCGAGGGGCGGAAGAAGGAUGGCUGAAACCCUACGUCGGCAGGUCUUUCAAACUCAGUGACGUUGCCGCUAGUCAUAAAUUCAUUGAGAAUCGGAAGGGCGCUUCUGGAAAGCUGAUACUUUUGAUCGAUUGAUUGGUUUCAUAUUAUACAGUUUGGAGGCUGUGGACAUAGCUUCUGGUCGACGCGAUUUUCACAUUUUAGCCCCCCCCCCCCCCCCUAUCGGCAAAUCCUGGAUCCGCCACUGGGGGGGCACCAAGAAAAAAGGGCACCUACAAAGGGAAAUCUCAAGGGAAAAUAUACAUUUUUUUACAUUGUAAUUACAUUAUCAGGGAUGAUUUCAAUAUUUGUUUCACUUUAUACACACCAUACAAGAUAUUGCUUAAGCAUCAUACUUUGCAGCUGGGUGUAAAGGUCUGAAAAUUAAUUGCAAGCGAGGGAAAAAAAAAGAUUUGUGAGGUCCCAGUGCGAAAAA